CUAAAAUUAUUGAAUACCUGCGCCCAGGCAAUUUUGCUUGCGAAUACCUUACGGUGCAAGAGAUAACUAAGUCAAUAGAAGAAUUGAGUGAAGAGAACCUGAGUGAAUCUGUUGAAGAAGAUUCUGAUGAAGAUGAUUGUCAUAAGUUAGGUGUUAUUGUUGAUGGCAAAUAG